AGCAAAUCCACUGACACUCUCUUGAUCAGCUUUGUCUGACCUGUCAUUCUCUCUCUUUUUUGAUACAUCUGAUUUUAGUCUGUCGAUCAGACUAGUCUGCCUUCCUUUUAGUCCUCUCUCUUUUGGACUUUACUACUACACAUACAACAAACCACUUUCUCUUUUUCAGAGGAACCAACAACAGUCUUUCUUGACAACCCAAAAUCUCAUCUUUUUUGAGUCAAUCUCUUCAAACAAAUCUCAUCAAAAUGUUCUUCAAGACCAUCCUUACUGCCGCUCUGGCCACCGCUGCCACGGCUCUUCCCCACUCCGUCAACAACAACAUGGUUCGUCGCAACGGUACCUCUUCUGGCUCCGGCGGCGUCUCCAUCUCCAACAACAUGAGCAACACUACCGUCUACGCGUGGUCUGUUUCUGAUAGAGUCAGUAACAUGCAUACCCUUUCUGCGGGCGGUGGUAGCUACUCCGAAUCCUGGCAAACCAACGACAACGGUGGUGGUAUCUCCAUCAAGCUGUCCACCACUGAGAGCCAGUCCGAUGUCCUCCAGUUCGAGUACACCCAGGAUGGUGACACCAUCUACUGGGACAUGUCCUGCAUCAACCUCGGCAGUGACUCCGCUUUCACCAAGUACGGUUUCUCCGUCACUCCCUCCGAGGAGGGUGACAACUGCCCUUCUGUCAACUGCGAGGCUGGUGACACUGCGUGCGCUGAGGCUUACCUCCAGCCCGAUGACAACGAGGCUACUCACGGCUGCCCCAUUGACACCCAGUUCACUCUUACUCUGGGUUAAACGGAUCUCCUCAAUCAAUCGGAUUCAAAAGAGAUGGAGUUUUUUUUCUUUUUGGAAUAUACCAUGGGUCGGAUGGGCUUGGUUUUGAGUUCUCAUGUAUAGAUUGACUUGAUCUGCCUCCUGGAUGAGUUGCACAAGACAAAGCAGAACACACAACACUCACUUUUUUCGCUUCGUGAAUCACACCUUUGGUGGAUUUCGCUUGCUGUGCUAUGCGGUUAUGUAUGUAGUGAUUUGAGAUCACAUGAAUUACGCCUAUAGACUUGCUGUUUGAUAGAACAAAAAAAAACUACAAACAAUCUACUUUUCCUCAAGAU